UGGGCAUACAAUGGCGCGCCUAUACCAACAAUAAGAAUGAGGCUGGGCUGCUGCCAUCCCUUCGGUCUGGCUAAUCACUAACACAAAAAAGCCAGUCAUUGUAUCAUUAGAGCACCUCAGCCAAAUGCGAGGCUAAGCCGUGAUUCUUGCCGACGAAUUCAGCUAACACAACAUAUAAUUAUAACUGCUAGGAUUCAGCCAGCAGAGAUACAUGAUUGGCGCCGUGUGACAGUUGAUUACAAAACCUCCUGUUUUGCAUUGCUGCGCCAUUCCAGGGGGAUUCACAGAGGAUUGGAGCGGGCGCUUAAAUGGUCACACCCAAGCAAGCUAAGAAAUCGUAUCACGUUGACUUACAUACGUUUCGGUAGUUAACUCUACUUUCAUAACUAGGCAUAUGUAUGAGGAUAAAUAGUCACUGCUCCCGCUCAUUCAAUCUCCAGUAGGCGAGCUCAAGCUAUCUAACCUUCAUCCAUCACACUACUCUUACCCUUCUCAUUCUUCUCACUUGAUUCAUUCAUUAGUGGCUGUAACGUUCAUCACAAGUCUACUACUACAUUCCUACCCUAACUUAUUCAUAAUUUCAAAUCAUGGCCAACCAAGCCAGUCGCCCGAGAACAAUCAAACAGUGCUUCAAUGACUCCUUACCAUUCAUCCAGCAUCCAACUCGACUCGUACCAUUCGAGUUUAGACCUGGGACUAAGACAUCUCAGAUAGAUGCCCCCAAGUUCUGGAUCAGCACCAACGAACGUGGCUGGAGUGAACCCGCACAUAAUACACUUAGACCGAUGAACAUGAACGCGCUUCAAGAGCAAGUUAGCUGGCCUGAGCCUUCAAUGAGACUUGCCUGUGAGGCAGAUGUAGUUCGUGCUGCAGCUCUGUACCUCUUGCACCCCAUCAAUCAAGUCUUGUCUGCUAGAUAUCCCAAUGAUUACAGAUGUAACUCAGAGGUCGCGGGCAGUGGGGUCCGCGGCGAUGUGUCACUUUUGAAGCUGGGUGGUCGGCGUACAUUUGCCAUCGUCGAAUUCAAGAGAAGCGGCAUCAUCUCCCCUAUGGAAUUCGCAGACGCCCAACGAACCCUUACUGGCAACCCUAAUACUCACGCCGCAGAAAUCUCUCAGCAUGUACAAAAUGUCAUCGCUGCUGACAAUGGAGAUAACCGGUUCUCGGCCUUUGAAGGCAAUUCAUUCUCGUUGAUGAAGCAAGCAGCUGCUUAUGCGGUACAGUACUCUACUCGCUUCGUGGCUAUCUUCGGAUGGGACUAUCUGGUUUUGGUCUACUUCCCCGAGCUUGAUAUGAACUUGAGAGAACCUGAAGGGUGCGGAAACUAUUGCGAGAUUACUAUGAUUCCUAACAACCCACCAUCUCCUAAUUUGAGGGCGGCGUUGCUUGGAUUUCUGUUUCACGCAUAUGACGCCACACCCUUUACCUUACCUGGGUAAUGCUGGACUCUGUUUCAAGUAUAGGGCAUUGAUUUUUCUUCUUUCUGUUAUUUCUUCUUAUCUUUUCAAUUAUAUCGAUGCGCAAGUCUCUUUUAAUUCAUAGACUGGGUUCCAACUUUAUUUCCCUUUUUUCUUGUUUGGAGGCGUGUCGCUUUCAGAAGGUGUGUCUACUCAAGAAAAUGACUGUUAAGAUAUAGUUAUGGCUGUAGGUUUUGUAUUUCUUUUUUAGUUUCUAGUUUGAAAAUCUUAUUUCAUAUAUGAUCUGGCUUUUUCCAUUACCACGACCCUCCGUCAUAGGUAUGUAGUACUUCAUCUAUUGCAGGUGUUACAUCAACGUAGAAUCUAUCUGGAUGAUCAAUAAAUACAUCGAUGAAUUACUCGGCGAGUGCGUUCCGACUGUGGAUUUGUGUAUUGUACGUUUUUACAACUAAGCAACAUGGGUUGUGGCGGUGUAUCGUAUUCUAUGCAAGAUACUCUUCUACUAGGGGACUUUAAGCUCAGAUUG